AUCAGGCCAGCCAGUGGCCUGCUCCUUAUGAUAAAAACCUUUCCUCUAAAGAUGCAAGAAAUGGAUGGGAAAAUGCCAUGAAUACUGAUGUCAUUACACAUCAGCUGAAGGUUCUGGAGAAACAGCUAAAGGAAGUGAAUGUAAUCAUCAGGAAAGAUGAGCGAGUGUCUUCUAAUCCAGUGAUGAAGUUGGCAUUUGGGAAACCAGAGCUUUUCCUGCGCUCUUUGCCCCAGAACUCCCUUAUCCAUAAUUCAUCCAUCUGGAGCUGCAGGAGGAAGGUCUCGGCGUUGAGUCUGGCCCACAUUGUGGAACAGAACAAUGGCCGGGACACUUUACCUAUACUCUGGAGGUUCCUUCAAAGGGAAGCAGAGUUACGGCUAGUGAAGUUCCUUCCUGACAUCUUGGUUCUCCAGAAGGAUUUGGUAAAGAAGUUCCAGAACGUGACAGACUUAACCUUCAAAACCAUAGGAGAGUUUCUGGAUAGCCAUAAAGAAGCUUCACUAGCUUGGUAUAAAAAGUGCAUAAACAUCUUCUUGUCAACAUGGAACCAACUCAGGGUAUCUCUGGCCACCACAGUAGACAUAAAGCUGCCGGCUGAAUACACUCAGAAGGAUCUGAGUUUGGACGCUGACCUGCAGGUGCUGCUGCCACAGAGACGUGGUCUGGGCCUGUGCUCCACUGCCCUUGUCAGCUACCUCAUUGCCCUUCAUAAUGACCUUGUGUACACCAUGGAAAAACAUCCUCCCGGAGAGGAGUCUGGUUACACGGUAAGCCCAGCUGACCUGACGGAGAUGCAUGUGAUCCAUUAUGAGUAUGAGCGGGACCUGCUUCCACUGAUACUGUCCAACUGCCAGUACAGCAUGGAGUGCGGACAGGAAACACUGAUGGAGUACGACCUGCCCAAUAUUCAGCAACAGAUCUUCACCCGCUUUCUACAGGGCAAACCUCUCAUAACCCUUAAUGGUAUUCCGACAGUGGUGAACAGACAGGACAGAAUUUAUGAGAUCAUAUUAAUGGAUGUGAAGGGCAAAGUGCCACAAGAGCCGCUGCAGGCUCUUACACAGCACAACCUCGUGAAGGAGCUGCAGUCCUACAGUGAUGUGUGUGAGGCACUGUCUACAGUCGAGCUGGCCCUGGGUUUCCUCGCCAUGACCGGGGGAGAGCCACGGGUGCAGCUGGGCACUUAUUUAGAGGAGGUGCUACAGAUGACUGACAACAUGGCCCCACAUGUCUUCAAGGCAUUAAGCAGGUGCAGCCUGAAACACUGUGUGGCGCUGUGGCAGCGUCUCAGCUCUCUGAAAUCAGAGACCCUGCUGCGUCUGAAGGGGGACCCAUUUAAGGACAUCAGUGAAGAGUACAAACAUCCUCUGCAGGAGGAGCACAAGACAAGGCUCACUAGUUUUUUGACUAAGCCCAGCGCUGGUGCCGUCCUGUUGGAGAUUCAUGAAAUUCUGCUUUUAGUUCUGAAGAACCCAAAAGACACGCACACUUUCAGGCCUGACUCGGGUCUGAAAGAAACUGUUGUGUCCUACAUGAAGCGUAAAGACCCGGACGUUCCUCCUGAGGUGGACGAGUUCUUCCCUGAAGACAUUCUGCUCUCGCAGUGCAUCGAAAUGUGGAAGUUCUCUGCUCUUCUCAGACGAGAAAGAAAUCAAAGUUAGAUGCUGGAUAAAGUGCUUCCGUUUUCUGACCCAAACACUCGUAGUACACUCGUAGUUUACAAAUGAUAUACACAUUUACAACAAUUGCUCAGUACAAAAUCUUGUCUGUUUUUGCAUAUUGAAGAAUUCACUUACUUCAUUUAUAUACAGCACUGUAUGCUGUAAUAUUAUAGUCGUGAUCUGUCAAAGUACCUCUCUAGGAUAGUUAGCAAGCAUAGUACAACUUGUUACAAAGUAUAUAAAGUUGCUGACAAUUGUUCAACCAUUCUUUUUUUUAAAUGUGUUUACUUGAUAUUCUAAAUACAUAUAAACUCAUU